AUGACCGAAAACCGUUAUCGUCCCAGCUCCCCCCCAGGGCGCCGAUAUGCUGACCCCCGCGCCUCUACCGGGAUGGUGUUCUCCUCUUCCUUCGAUUCUCGCUAUCAUGCACAACCACGAGCUACAGUCGACCCUGUGCCAGUAGGUCGACAUGGGAGCGUCUACACCACACAGGCCGUGGCGAGGAAGACAUAUCUUGAUGAUAAUCAUCCUGGUGGUGGCUCUACAAUCAGGACAGAGUAUACUGUCCGCCCAAGACAUAAUUCGACGAUUGGCUCCGAAUCCCGCAGGCCUGUCAGUGCUUUCAUAAACAGACCUCCUUCGCCUCCACGUGUUCGACCAGCAGUGGUCACUCCUUCAUCACGGGACGAUCCUAGAACUCCCGUCAUAGCGUCUGCGGGAGAAAGGUACCUCGUGCCUGCCGCAUCACACUCACGACACCAUCAUAGAAACUUAAGCGCAACGAGGGCCGAAGAGGAUCGUCUGGGCCCCGCGAGAAGCCAUAGACAGCCGGAAUACCAUCGCCGUGGUGGCUACAAUGCACCAUUACAAGACGAAGGCUUCUCAUACACGACACCGACGGAGCACUUUUUGCAGGAGUCCUCCAGGCCACCACAGAGGGCUCAGAGUUACAGCAGGCGGGAACGUCCGACCAGUGUAAUCGGGCUGCAGGAAUACAAGCAUCCCACGAGAAGGGAGGGCCCACCUCUCUCUUCCACUCGUGCAUUAGAUAGGAUCGAAAGAUCGGACCCCUAUCGCGGCAGCGGCACUCGUCUUCGUGAUUACGAUGAGCGUCCAGCCGAGAUUGUGUCUCGACACCGAUCGACCAGAGCCCCAGUGGUGCACCAGCAUCGGGACGAUGGCUAUGCGUCUGCCCGGGAGGAGCGGGAUCCGCGCCUCGCGCCGAAACGGCAUGAGCGGCUCGACGACGACGACAAAAUUUCUAGAGCUAAGUACGAAAGAGAAAGAGAAAGAGAAAGAGAAAGAGAAAGAGAGGUUUUACGUGUGCCACCACGUGAGUCUGAGCGCGUCCGGGACCGCGACAGGGACUGGGAUAGAGACCGAGAGAGAGACCGAGAGAGAGACAGAGAGAGAGACCGAGAGAGAGAACGAAAUGGUGAUCGGGAGAAACUGCGGGAAGUUGACAGAAACAUUCGAGGAGUUGACGAACGUCGUCAACCUCGAAGUCGUGAGGAUAGUCCAGAACAUGCUGGCUCACGAAAGGGCCUUGCCGCAGCCGCAGGUUUGGCUGCUGCAGGUGCACUGGCGGGGGCAGCGGUCAAGAGCUCGAAGGGCGUUCCAGAUGGAUCCGAGAGUGAUGAUCAUAAAGACCGCAAACAUAGAAGGAGGAGGCAUCACCAUGCCAACGACGAACCAAGUCCAGACGAGCUCGCUGGUCGUGUCGAGCGCGAUCUUACUCUGAAUGUCGGUGACCGUGCAUCCCAUGAUCGACGCAGAGAUGAAGGAAGAGGUGGCGACGCAGGAAGUGACCAUGAAAACCAUUAUGAUCAACGGAAACGCCAUCGCCGGCGACACAAAGAUCGAGCUCAACGCGGAGACGAGUCAGAUACGACCGAGGAUUCUGGAGGUAGAGAGUAUCUUGAACGUCAACAUGAACCGGACAGAGACGCUGACCUGCGCGAACCUCCUCGCUCACGCCACGAAAGGGCACCUUCUCGUGAUGCCACGCGAGAACCGUCCUCGUCUGAGCAACAUGUUGUUUCGCCGGGUGAAGAUGAAGCUGGCCGCCCACGACGCGUUCAAUUGGUCGAACCUUCAGAUAAGAAAGAGGAAAUCAAGCCAAAGGGCAUACUCAAACCACCGCGUGAAACCCCUUUCCCCGAAGACCCUCACCCCGAGCGCGAAGGUGUGGCCCCUCUCAAGGACGCAACCAAAGACGGAAUACCACCGCAUGCACGCUGGACUAAAAUCAGUCGAGCGUUGGUGAACCCGGAAGCACUGGAAAAGGCACAUGAACGAUUUGAGGAAAGAGACGACUACGUGAUUGUGCUGCGUGUGGUGUCCAGAGACGAGAUUAUGAAGUUUGCGGAAAAGACCAAAGAAAUCAGAGAAACCCGUGAACGGCAGUGGCAAGCCGAACUCGAACAGCGUCGGCGUCGCCGUAGAGAGACGCGCGGCUACAGUGACAGCAGCGAGGGUGACAUGACUGAGGGCGGGGGCAGACAGCGUCUAGCGAUCGAUCAAGCUCCGCCUAUCCAAGGAGAUCCUAGAGCAUAUUUUGCACAGCAACAGCAGCAGCAGCAGCAGCCGCCGCAGUCCAGGAGGGAGGAGUUUUCCGUGCCUGUGAGCAUUCCAGGACAGCCUGGUUUAGCCCCGCCUCAAUUGGCCACCCCCGUCGUGGCGCGCCCACCACCACAGUCGCAGGAGAUACCAAUCCCAGAUAUCAGAGUCGAGCCCCAUACUGCCGGUUAUUCGAUGAACGCAUGA